AUAACAAAUCAUGCGCAAUCCCUACAUCACGCCUCAUAUCCGGUUUCAAAAUUUUUGUUGGGAACUUCCGAGUUAGGAAUUCGGGCUUAAAAAAGCUCAGUAAUUAUGGCCAGGGAGUAUGAUCACUUAUUUAAACUACUCAUAAUAGGAGACAGUGGUGUGGGAAAAAGCAGUCUCCUUUUGAGAUUUUCAGACAACACAUUCUCAGGUACAUAUAUCACCACAAUAGGUGUGGAUUUCAAGAUUCGGACUGUUGACGUCAAUGGUGAAAAAGUGAAACUUCAAAUCUGGGACACAGCAGGGCAAGAACGAUUCAGAACAAUUACCUCUACUUAUUACAGAGGAACACAUGGAGUUAUUGUGGUGUAUGAUGUCACGAGUGGAGAAUCAUUUGCCAAUGUGAAGAGAUGGCUUCAUGAGAUUGAUCAGAACUGUGAUGUUGUUAAUAGAAUUUUAGUUGGCAAUAAAGAUGAUGACUCUGAUAGGAAGGUCGUCCUUACUCAAGAUGCCAACAGGUUUGCGGAUCAAAUGGGAAUUCAACUGUUUGAAACCAGUGCCAAAGAAAACAAGAAUGUAGAAGAAAUGUUUUUAGCCAUCACACGACUAGUUUUAGCUACAAAGAAAGAACAAAUGAAGAAAGCAGCGGAGCAGCCAGCUGAGUCUAUAAAACUAAACAAGAAAUCAACAGGAGGUGGUGGAGGCAAGAAGGGUUGCUGUAAAGUGUGAAUGCAGACCUAGUGUGUGAACAUUUACUGUCAAUACAUGUGAAAUAUGCUGAUUGUGCCAGAAAAAUAGCAAUAAGAAAAUGGGGACUCCAAAUAUCAAUGGUAGAAUAAUUAGAUUUCCAUGUUGUUCAUGUGAACUUGAUUGGAGUAUGUUGUACUUGCGGCGAGGAUACGAUUAUGAGUUUGGCUUUCAACUUCUGAGAAAUUUUAUUCUUCCUAUGACAUAAUUUUUUUUUUAUUGAAGUAUACAGCAUUUUUGUGUCUUGUUGAUUACUGUUGAUUAAGUAUAUUGUUUGUUACUCUCAAAUUUUCCUUCAAAAUAUUCAUAAAUAUAUUGUUAUUUAUUGCAUAUUUCCUGCAGCUUAGUAGUUAAGUAGAGUCGGUAUACAGAACCAUAGGUAACUCUUGAUAUGACUGUGUACCUGUCUGUAGAGUAACAUGCAUUCCUAAUUUUAUAGUAUUUAUUAGAUUCAAACUUCUUUUAUAUAUGUAUAUAUAUAUUUUUUUUUUCAUCGCAAUAAUUAUUUUUCUUUGUUCCCUUUCAAUGAUCCAGGAUUUUUCAAACAUUUGUUAAGUUUUGAUCAGUGUCUUUUAGAGGUUUGAGAGACCCUUUAUCAGGAGAAGUCAACUAAAAUUACACACACAAAAACUACACCUGUUUUAUCUUUCACCUGCGGAGGUACAAAAUUUAAUGUUGUAGCAAAGUUUUAUUACAUUAGAGAUGACUUUAUGUAGGAAAAUAUCAGUUUGAAUUUUAAUAAAAAGUGAGGUAAUAAAAAAGUUCUGACUCCGAAUUUAAGUGUAAAGAUUCACAAUUUCGGAAGAAAACAUGUAAUUGCCAUUACUUUUCUUGCCUCUGAUAAAUACAUGUAUUUAUGUGAUAUAUAAAGCAUCUGCCUUGGGUCAAUAAUCUUCUAUAAUUACAACAGUACCAACAUUAAGCAUAAUAAAUCAUAAAGGAUAAUUAGGGCAGAAUUGAAUGGAGUAGUGAUUUUAAUUGACAGGGUGAAAAAAAACUAUGUUUGACAUGCUUUUGUAAUGUCUUCUAAAGAGAAUCAUGUUUCAAAUUUUCUGUAAUGCACAGAAAGAUGGAACCAUUCCCAUUUAAAGGUAUUUUUAAUCAUAAAUUUUGAUAGGAGAGUGUGUAUUGAAUAUGAUGGGUGGAAAAAAAGAGCCAUGACGAUUACUGUAAAGAAAGACACUAGGCAUUUUUGUAUUAAGGUCAAGAUGAAAUGGCAGAGGUGUGGUAGUCGGCAGAGGUGUGGUAGUCGGCAGAGGUGUGGUAGUCGGCAGGUGUGGUAGUUGGCAGCGUGUGAACUUGUGAGAGAAUACCUACAAAACACCAGUUAAAGUGAAACUUUGUUUAUAUUAUCUGCAGACAGUUCUUAAAAUGCAAAGUGUUUGAAAUUCUAACAUGCCAAUUUUGUUUGUUUAUAUACUUGUGUACAAAACAAAGCAAUGGGAAGACAUUUAGCUAUCAUUCUUUAUUCUCAUUUAAAUACAUGAGCAGAAUCUUGUUGCGUGCUUACCUAGCUGUGAAUGUAGUUGGAUAGCAGUUCAUAAUGCCAAACAUCAUGUGCAAUCAUUUCUUGUAUUAAUUUGAAAGUGCUUCAUUUACGAACAAUAUUUUUAAGAAGUUAACAAUGUCAUGUGGAUACAUGUAUUAAGGUAUAUAUACAGUGUAUUGUGUUUGAUACAGGUUAUUCUAAAUGACUGAUUCUUAUGUUUUGAGGCUGUGACAUUUCAUUUAUAUAAAUCACUAUGAUAAUUCA